GCAAUGAAUGAGAGCAGGCUGUUCGGCCUAUUGGCCUCCGUCUAUCCCUCCGUGCGCUCCCUGCAGCGGUUCAUCGAGGAGAUCAGUGCAGCGGCAGCAGUGACCCCGCCAGCUCUGAUGGAAACCAGCGACACCGGGCACUACCGGCGCUUCAUCUCCCAGCUCAUCGUCUGCGUUCCCGGGGAAGCCAAGGCUGUGUGCCGGCCGCUCACCUUCCAGCAGCUAUCUGCACAGAGUGAUGUGGUUUUGCGAGUAAUUCAGAGGAUUUGUGACAAGAGAAAAAGAAAUGUGCUAAGCUUUGGCUACGCAUGUGUAAACGAAUCAAGCUUCAUACCUAUUCGAUCAGCCCCCAACAUCUGUAGUUACCAACCCAAUCCCACCACAGUUACCAUCAAGAACAGCAUCCUGUGGAAAACACUGCUCAGCCGAAUUGGAGAUGACGUCAUGAUGUAUCUGUUGGAGCAUUGCUCCCUGUUUAUGUUGGUUCCACCAAGCUGCUGCUUUCAGUUGUGCGGAGUUCCCAUCUAUAGCCUCACUGCAAGUGGCACUAAACUCCCUUCUACCUGGCUGAGACAGAACCCAGCCAAACACUGGUGCAGUCUUUCAUUAAAGUGUGUCCAAAAGAAAGUCCAGUUUUAUAAAGGGAUCCUGUCAAAGGGCAGGAAACAGAAGGAGAGAUUGGCAGGAGCCGCCAAUGGAACACGAGCUGCUGUGUCUAGCAGGCAGAUACAUCGAGGAACCCGAAGUGUUCCUGAGAGAAACCCCACCAAGAGGCCUAGACUCGAAGGUGUUGUCAGCAGGUGGCCAUCAAAGGUCACUACGGAUGUAAAGUCGCUGAAAAGAUGUCGGAGUGAUGAUGACGCUGUGCCUCUUGCAAAGAGGUCAAAGGGCAGGCAGCCGUCAGGGUGGGUGGUAGGUGCAGCAGUUCACUCAACAGAAGAUCUGGAAAGUAAGUCAAAUAAACCUUCAGAAAUAACUGAGCAAUCUAGCACGCCAACUGAUCGACCAAGUAAUGGAGCCUGUGAAUGGAAAGGAAAAGAUAGUAACAUCGAUAAAUGUGAACCCAAAGGUCUUCAAUACAGCGCACGUGUGAGCACAAGGGAGGAAAGCCCUGGGGUAGGCUACAGAACACAAGGUUCUGCUGCCAAAGCAGCCAAAGUGAUUGAGGAAGGAGGAAUUGAAAGCAAUAGGACGGGAUACUUCAUGUGUAAUGAAGCGAUUAUUUCUUCUGUUGAUCCUGUUGUGGCUCAAAGAGAAAAUUCAGAGCAGACAAGGCCACAGGCUAAAAACUCAAUGGGAGGACAUGAUUCUGUGAGGACUGGUAAUAACCCAACGGUUGCAGAUACUGGAGAACAACAAAAGAGUAAGGAGGUAGACCAAGUUAGAAUCAGAGACUCUAAUCAAGGUGGCAGAUUCACAGCUAGAAUUGUAAGCAAUAUGCAAAUUUGUAAAUCUACUUCUGGAAAGAACAUUGAUGCACUCAGACAGUGUGAAGGAACAGAUAGUCUCUUCCCAAGCCCUCUAUAUGCUAGACAAUCAUCGCAAACCUCUACAAAUGUCAAACCGACGAAGAAUAGAAGAAAAUGGGCUACAACUUAUAUUGAAAGAGGAAAUAUAAUGUAUUGCACUAAUCGCAGGGAACGUUUGCCUAACACGUUUAUACUAAAUCAAUUACAGGGGUUCAGCACAGGCAGUCAAAGGCUGGUGCAAUCUAUCUUCUUGAACAGUGAUACAUUUGAGAAGAAGGAAACACAGGUGCAGCCUAACAGUUACUGGAGAAAGAAGAGAUUUCCAAAGCGCUACUGGCAAAUGAGAGACAUUUUCUUUAGAUUGCUGGGGAAUCAUAAGAAGUGCCCUUAUCUGCAGCUGUUGACUAGAAAUUGCUCUGUGAAUGUCCGGAAAAGAAGAAAGAUCUUUGGUGCUUCACGUGUUGUGAGAAACACUGGCUCAAAUUCUUUUCCCAUCAGAAAGGUGGAUUGCUGUAGUCAUGAUGUAGAGUCAAAAGCUAAUGGUCCUAUUGGUGAAACCAUUCACCCAACUCCAAAACAGGGUCAAUUAUUGAGUAAGAAUGUCAAGGAUCAUAAUUCAAUGAGAACAGAUCCUCGUGGACAUGGUUCUGCUGUUGAAAGCAACUUGGAGGAGCGAGCGGACCCUUUGAGGUCUUUGCAUCAUCUUGACCUAUGGUCUCAGACAGAUCAUCUACCUGAAGCUGUAGCAAUGAAACAUGAAGCAAACAGCAAGGUCACUGUGUCUAUAGACUCUGACCGGAUUGAAGGUUCUCCUGGCUCGGACAUAGACUUGCUGCAUUUGCUGAAGCAGCACAGCAGUCCACUUCAGGUCCACCGAUUUGUGAGAGAAUGUCUGCUCAGGGUGGUACCAGAUGAACUGUGGGGCUCCAACCACAACAAAUGCAGGUUCCUGAAGAACGUGAAGAAGUUUAUUUCCUUGGGGAGGUUUGACAAAUUCUCUUGCAGUGAGCUAAUGUGGAAGAUGAGGGUGAAUGAUUGUACAUGGCUUCGGCUAACCAAAGUGCCACACUUUGUUCCUGCAUCAGAGCACCAGCUGCGUGAAGAAAUCCUGGCGAAGUUUCUCGUUUGGUUAAUGGGCACCUAUGUGGUACAACUGCUCAAGUCUUUCUUCUACAUCACGGAGACAACAUUCAUGAAAAACAUGCUUUUCUACUACAGAAAAUGUGUCUGGAAUGAGGUGCAGAGGAUUGGUAUCUGGAAUCACCUCUCAAAAGUACAGCUGCAACCAGUCUUGAACAAAGAUCUGGAACAGAAACAGCAGCAAAAAGCCUUACCACCCCCUGCCAGUUUACGGUUUAUUCCGAAGAGAAACGGAUUACGGCCGAUCGUGAGGAUGCGGAACGUGGCUGCGCCACAAUUCCCCGGGAAAGCGAGCAGCUCCCGGAAGAUCCAACGCUCAGACUCCCAGAUGAAGGUCCUGUUUGGUGUGCUCAAUUAUGAAUGUCAACAGAAUCCAGCCCUAAUGGGCUCUUCGGUCUUCGGCCUUGACGAUAUAUACAAAGCGUGGAAGGAGUUUGUGUUGCAGAGUUCAAAAGCUGGAAAAUUGAAAGGGAAUCGUCCUUAUUACUUUGUGAAAGCAGAUGUUACUGGUGCCUAUGACACCAUUCCUCACGCAAAAUUAAUGGAAGUGAUUUCGGGAAUACUGAAUCCCAGAGUACAAGAAAGUUACUGCAUCCGCCGUUACACCAAGGUUUGGGUGGAUUCCAGUGGACAGAUUCAAAAAUCAUUCAAAAACCAGGUUUCCACAAUGAAGGAUCUGUUACCAAACAUGAAGGAAUUUGUGUCCCAUCUACAGCAGGAAGCCUCACUGCAAGACACUAUCCUAGUUGAACAGGGUCUGAUAUUGAAUGAAAGCUCUGGACAUGUAUUCGAUUAUUUCAAGCAAAUGAUUGAGAACAGCACCAUCAAAAUUGGGGAUAAAUAUUACACUCAGUGUUGUGGGAUCCCUCAGGGCUCUCUCCUCUCCACCUUGCUGUGCAGCUUGUGCUAUGGUGACAUGGACAAGAAACUCCUCAGUGGGAUUCAGAGGGAUGGGUUGAUGUUGCGAUUGGUUGAUGACUUCUUGCUGGUUACUCCACACUUAGAGUGUGCCAAGAACUUCCUAAGAAUACUGGCAGCAGGAAUCCCGGAGUACGGCUGUUUCAUAAGCCCCCAUAAAACAGUGGUUAACUUUGCUCUUGAUGAGGACCUUCCAGGCUGCAGCAAAAUCACGUCAUUGCCGGAACAUUCUCUCUUCCCUUGGUGUGGUCUGCUCUUCGAUACACAGACACUUGAAGUGUAUUGUGACUAUUCCAGCUAUGCAAAUACCUCCAUCAGGUCAAGCAUGACCUUCAACUGCAGUUCGGAAGCUGGGAAGAAUCUGAGGAGGAAGCUAUUGGCUGUCUUGAAGUUGAAGUGUCACCACAUGUUCCUGGAUCUGGAGGUUAGUACACUGAGAACAGUUACCAUCAACGUCUACAAGAUAUUCCUUCUCCAGGCUUACAGAUUCCAUGCUUGUGUUCUGCGACUCCCAUUUGGCCAAAGAGUAAGAAACAACCCUUCGUUCUUUCUUGAGGUCAUCUCUGAUAUGGCUAUUUGUUGCUACUCCAUACUGAAAGCUAAAAACCGAGGGAUAUCUCUAGGAUUCAGAGAUGCUGCUGGUCCUUUUCCUUACGAAGCUGCCCAUUGGCUUUGCUACCAAGCUUUCACCGUGAAAUUGUCCAAUCACAAGGCAGUUUACAAGUGUUUACUAGGACCUCUGAGAAGCUGCCGGGCUAAGUUGCAGCAAAUUCUCCCUCCCGACACCGUCCAGCUGCUGCAGUCUAUAACCCACCCAGCUCUUCAUCAAGAUUUUGCAGCCAUCUUGAAUUGAAGUGAAACUGGAAAUACUGACAUAUGGAAAUGCUGAAAGUGGA